AUGGUCAAUUGGAUCCUCGGUGACAAGUUUUACGAGCGGUACCCGCAUUUGGACGGCGUCAAAGCUCUGUGGGAAACGAAAUGGAAGUUUCCCUGCUCCCUGGGGGUGUACCCUUUCCACGACGGCAAGCUCGAAGACUUUCAACCCAUCUUCGAGAGCCUGAUCAGAGAUAACGUGAACGAUGCCUACACAGAUAAAUACACCGAGUAUUUUAUGCCGACCGCCGAAAAACUCACCGAUGCAGCCAUGUCAACCCAAGCCUCGGACCGCGCGAAAGCUGCCGCUCUGUUCAAGCGCGCCGCGUGUGUAUAUCGGAUAUCUCGAUUUCCUUCACUCGAGGCCGGCUCUGGAUUGAAGAGGAAGGCGUUUGAGCUUCAAAAACAAGUAUACUUAAGAGGUGCCGACUUGUGGGACGCUCCCAUGAAAGAGGUCAAGAUCCCACAUACGGCUGCUGAAGGUGACGAUGGCAAGGAAAUACCGCUGUUUGUGAGGCUGCCCCGAGGAGCGAAUAGUGAGAAGAAGUGCCCGGUAGUGCUCUUGAUCACAGGAUUGGAUGGACAUCGACCAGACAACACCGAGCGGACUGAUGAGUUUCUUGCCCGUGGUUGGGGCUGCGUGAUCACCGAAAUCCCAGGAACAGCUGAUUGCCCUGCGGCGCGUCGUGAUCCGAAGUCUCAUGAACGAUUGUUCACGGCGAUACUUGACUGGAUGGACGAGCAACCCUACUUCAACAUGCAAAAAUGCAUGGCUUGGGGUCUUUCAGCUGGAGGGUACUGUGCCAUUCGGCUCGCACACACUCACCACUCAAGGCUUGCUGGCGUCGUUGCUCAAGGCGCCGGGUGCCAUCUGUUCCUGAGUCGAGAAUGGCUUGAUCACGUCGACGACCACGAAUAUCCUUUUAUCCUCAGCGAAGCGUAUGUCGCAAAGUAUGGAUACAAGGACUGGGAAGAGAUGAAGGAGAAGGCUCAAAAGGACUUCAGUCUUGUUGAAAGCGGCAUCGUCAAUGGACCCUGCUGCAGACUGCUCCUGAUCAACGGCACACACGAUGGACUCGUUCCUAUCGAGGACAAUAUUCUUCUCAUGAGCUACGGCCGCCCAAAAGAAGCUCGAUUCUAUGAUAAAAUGCUGCACAUGGGCUAUCCACCCGCAAAUGAGAGCAUCUGGCCCUGGAUGGGGUCCAUCAUGGCGUCCGGGUCAUGA